GGAAACAUGGGGGGAAAAAAGCAAAGAACAGUUCUGCAGUAUCUGAGGAUGGAUAAAGACUUCCGCUACUACUUCCAGCACCCGUGGUCUCGCUUAGUUGUGGCUUACUUAGUGAUCUUCUUUAACUUCUUAAUAUUUGCUGAGGACCCAGUAUCUCACAGUCAGACAGAAGCCAAUGUUAUUGUUGUUGGUAAUUGUUUCUCCUUUGUAACAAAUAAAUACCCUGAAGGAGGAGGCUGGAGAUUUUUGAAGGUACUUCUGUGGCUGCUUGCCAUUCUCACAGGACUGAUAGCUGGGAAAUUUCUCUUCCAUCAGCGCCUGUUUGGUCAGUUGCUUCGUCUGAAAAUGUUUCGAGAGGACCAUGGGUCUUGGAUGACAAUGUUCUUCAGUACCAUCCUCUUCCUCUUCAUUUUUUCUCACAUUUAUAAUCUGUUCCUCAUUAUGGCAGGGAAUAUGAGUGCAUACAUUAUAACAGACUUCAUGGGCAUCAGGAAUGAAAAUUUUAUGAAGGUAGCUGCAGUUGGGACUUGGAUGGGAGAUUUUGUCACAGCAUGGAUGGUCACUGAUAUGAUGCUUCAGGACAAACCCUACCCAGACUGGGGAAAGUCUGCCAGAGCAUUCUGGAAGAAAGGAAACAUAAGGAUAAUUUUAUUCUGGACAGUUCUGUUUACGCUGACCUCUGUAGUUGUGCUUGUCAUCACUACUGACUGGAUCAGCUGGGACAAGCUGAAUCGUGGAUUUCUGCCAAGUGACGAGGUCUCAAGAGCCUUCUUGGCUUCUUUCAUCUUGGUGUUUGACCUUCUUAUUGUCAUGCAGGACUGGGAGUUUCCACAUUUUAUGGGUGAUGUUGAAGUGAAUCUUCCAGGCUUGCCAUCUGCACAUAUGCAGUUCAAAGUACCUUAUUUCCAAAAGAUCUUCAAAGAGGAAUAUCACAUACAUAUCACAGGCAAAUGGUUUAACUAUGGAAUUAUCUUCCUUGUUUUAAUCUUGGAUCUGAAUAUGUGGAAGAACCAAAUAUUUUACAAACCUCAUGAAUAUGGUCAAUAUAUCGGUCCUGGACAGAAGAUCUACACAGUGAAGGACUCAGAAAGCUUGAAAGACCUUAACAGAACUAAGUUAUCUUGGGAGUGGAGAUCCAAUAACACUAAUCCGUUGACCAACCGGACCUAUGCUGAAGGAGACAUGUUCUUGCACAGCAGAUUCACAGGCUCUAGCCUUGAUGUCAAAUGCCUGGCUUUUAUUCCAAGUUUGUUGGCUUUUGCUUUGUUUGGUUUCUUUAUCUGGUUCUUUGGGCGAUUUCAGAAAACUGACCAAGGCAUGGAGAAUUUAGACAAAUCAUACACAAGAAUGAAACGAAAGUCACCAUCAGAUAUGGGAAUGACACGAGAAAAUACACAGGUGUUAGUAGAAGAACCAUUAAGUUUUCAAGAACCACAUCUCGUAUCCAUAAAGUCAGACUUAAGUGAAAUAGUUUUUAAUUCUUCUCUCCUUACUUCUGAAAACUUGAACGCACAACUGAAUGAACAAGAUAGCCCUUUACAGCCAGUACCAGAGUCCUCUGUCCCUAAGAGCAAUCCUGUGACAUAGAGGCAAAUACCCAGGAAAAUCAAUUUAAAUAAGCAGUUGCUAUAAGAUUUCAGUUUUACUUUUUGUAAGUUAAGAUUUACAUAGUGUUUAGAAUAAGAAACUCAACCUAUACCAGAAGGUGCUCAGCAUGCUUUUUCUAGGAAUUUUGGGUUUUAUUUGUAUUAUAGUAUGUGCCUACUGUAUAUCUAACAUUCCUUUAUAGAUUGCUUCCCAAAAUUGCUAUUUAUUAAUACAUUACUUUAACUGUAUAAUAGUGUAUUAGAUCAUUACUUGCAGGUAUAAAAUUCUACCGUGGUGGUGCCUUGAGACAUUAAACUGUUUUUUAACUCAACACCAGAUGUAUAGCACAGUUCUUCUAAUCUCUUUUGCAAAGCUUUUUGUAUAUGGUUAUUUCAAGUAUCAUUUGAUGACUUGAUAGAGGACAUAAAUAUAGUUAUUCCUAAAGAACGGUUUCUGUUAGGACAUCACAAUUUGACUUUGGUAUUUACUCAUUUGUGAAGCCAGUGACUUUGAUGACCUGACUGCAGAGAAGCAUGUUGAUUACCUUUUAAUUUUUACUGGCUAGCUGCGAAACACGAAUACAGAUUCAUUAUGCAGUAAACAGCAGCGUGAUAAUACAGCAUGGGUCACUACUUGUGAAAAUAUGACUUUCUCCAUCAGUAAUAGCAAUUAGGUGAUAAUGCCUAAUUAUAUUUUUCCUAAUUAAAGAUAAACUGCUACUUGAUUAAAAGUUUUACCCUUCACCUUUUAGAAACAGAGGUGAAAAUGCAUGGUCAAAGCAACUCUUUCCAUCAUCACACCAAACUUAUGCAACAUCAAAGAGCCAAUGGAGUGAUUACAGUAAAGGACAAAAAGCCCAUUAAAUCCAGUAUUUGUGUAGUUCAGUGCAGAUAUGGUCUGGCCAUAUGUGAAACAUGCAUAGAAGCACACCACAUAUAGAAAGUCAAACUUCUCCAAAUACUGAAGAAACGUUUAGGGGUUUUAAUUAAAAUAGUUUAAUCACGGAAUUUUAUUUUUCCCUUUUUUCCCCUUCAUUCAUUAUCCAUGAAUAAGUGUAAUCUGAAACAGAAACAGAGAAACUAGGUUUUGCUUUCUUAAAGGGGUCUUUGUAAUGUGAAUUCUUCUGCUGUAUGAUCAAACUAUAUGCAUUAGAGAAACUGCCUAUCUAAAACAUCAGUAAGACUCUGAUUUGUCUCUAAUUUAUUUCUAUAAAUUGUUGUUACGAGUUACUAAAUAAUAAGUCAUUUUUAAGUCUAAAUUAUUUCCCUGUCAUUUACUGGUGUUGCUGUAUUAUGUCUUUGUGACUUUUUUAUCUCAUCUGUUUUGAUCUAUCUGCUUUUAAGUUUUUGGAAUGCCGAAUUUAGCAUGCAUAAUAGAACUAUGCAUUUGUUAACUGUCACUUGAGAGCCGAUUUUAAUAAACAUCAUUCAACAAUUUUUUAUCAUGAGGCAGGAACAUAUUCUGUUAGUUUUGCAAUAUUUUUAAACAUUUUACCCAUGCAUUGUCCUAUUUGAAAUCAUAAAUAUUUCUAACACUAAAAAAGACAGGCAGUAUCACAGUAAUGUCAAAAU